CAAACAAAGUAUAAGCAUUGCUAAUUCCUGCGACUAAACCAGUACCAAGAAAAACCAAACCAGAGCAACAAGAACACCGUCAAAAUUCCCACCAUCACAAGAAAAUAUAUAUACGGCUCUGAACCCGACCUUCCCGGCUAAUUCCAUUUCUUGCUUGCUUGCUCCCCCAACUCGCUUUCUUCCACAUCUUUUCUCGCCUCUGGGCCAAGAACCUGACCUCACCUCUCCUAGGGCAGCGAGCGGCUGCGGCUGCGCGUGAGAUGGAGGAUGGCUGCGGCGCGGCGGCUGCCAGUGGCGGCGGCGGGAGCUGGGCCAAGAAGCCGUUCCAGUUCGCGCGGUCGCUGACUUACAGCCACCACCAGGGGCACCGGCCGGCGGCCAAGUGGCGCCGGCACCACCAGCUCUCCGAAGAGCCGCGCGCGCGGCCGCAGGCGGUGGUGCUCUACACGACGUCGCUGCGCGGGGUGCGGCGCACGUUCGCGGACUGCUCCGCGGUGCGCGCCAUCCUUCGGGGCUUCCGCGUGGCCGUCGACGAACGGGACGUGUCCAUGGACGCCGCGUUGCGGCGGGAGCUCCAGACCCUGCUCUCCGCGCGCGGCCGCGCCUUCGCGCUCCCGCAGCUGUUCAUCGGCGGGCGCCUUGUCGGCGGCGCGGACGAGGUCCGGCAGCUUCACGAGACCGGCCAGCUCCGGCGGCUCCUCGAGGGCGCUGCCGGCCAGGAUCCAGCCUUCGUCUGCGAUGCCUGCGGCGGCGUCCGGUUCGUCCCCUGCCUCGCCUGCGGCGGUAGCCGCAAGGUCUUCAUCGAGGAGGAAGAUCGUGUUGUACGCUGCGGCGACUGCAACGAGAACGGAUUGGUACGCUGCGUUAACUGCUGUUCUUGAUCGCCAAAGAUGCGAUCUUUCCCGUUCCAUUUAUGCUGUUAAUUAAAGGAUUAGAAGCUGUAGAAUCAAGAGAAAAACAAAAAAGAGGCACCUUUCGGCUUCUUGGCGUGGCAUUUGUGUGUAUCCGAUCAUUUGGGGAUUGGAUUGCUUCUCAUGGAGAAGAACAUAUUGUUCUUGGCUCCUUGCUGCAAAAUUGCCAUACGGUGAUGGCGAUUGGAGAAUAAGAACCGGGCUUGUAUGUAUAUGUAUGUGAUGUAUGAAAGAUUGACACUGCUAUUUGUUCAAUUAAUGUAAAUACUUAAGUUUGGGUGAUCAA